AUGACCUUAUCGCGAUCACCCUCUCCCCACCCGGGCGGAGGGUGGUCCAGUCCGGGACUUGUUCCGGCUAGCGGCAUCACAUCGCCAAAUGGACCAUCGCCCGGUUCAUUAUCUCCAGACACACCAGGCACCAUUUCGUGGGCUGCAGCUAAGGCGAAAAGCGACGAGGUGCGCGGGUAUCCAUCAUUUACAACACGCAAUAGCGGUUUCUUCUCUCGACAACGUCACAAGAUCUGGACUCGGUUUUCCAGCUUUCGAAAGCUUUCUCCACGCGAAUACGUCGAUAAAGAUGAUUAUGGCCGGGAAUGGAAGAGUGCGGGUGGCGGACGUGGCUUGCUAGGCACAUUCCGGAUACCAAUCCGCCGGGGUCGGUUCCGGCUCAUGUUCGCGCUGUUCUUGGUGUGGGUUGGGUAUCUAUGUUUCUGGGCGACUAUUGUCCAGACAUACCGAAGAUCACCUAUAGGUGGUGGGAGCAAGUUCGUCAUCAUACUCGCAUCGAACGUGGAGGGCGGCGUCAUGGAGUGGAAGGGCGCACGUGAAUGGGCCAUUGAACGCAACAGCAUAUGGAACAAGAAGAGAUAUGCAAAGAAAUGGGGUUACGAGCUCGAACUGGCCAAUCUGCUAGCCAAGAAGCGAUAUUCCCAUGAAUGGCGCGAGAGCUGGGAGAAGGGCGAUGUGAUCCGCGAAGCCAUGCUCAAGUAUCCAGACGCAGAGUGGUUUUGGUGGCUUGACUUAAACACCUGGGUUAUGGAAUACGAUACAUCGCUACAGCACCAUCUAUUCAAUGACCUCGAAUCGCAUGUCUAUCGCGAUAUCACCGCCUAUAACCCUCUCAACAUCACUCACCCACUGCCCGAAUUCUGGCUCGACGAGCUGGGUCGUGCCCUGGAGGGCGACGGCGAGGCAGAUUCUUUGAAUAUGCUUCUGACACAAGACUGUGUUGGCUUCAAUCUCGGAUCUUUUUUCCUACGAAGAUCUCUUUGGACCGAACGUCUCCUUGAUGUCUGGUGGGAUCCCGUCAUGUACGAGCAGAUGCAUAUGGAAUGGGAGCAUAAAGAACAGGAUGCCCUGGAGUACAUCUAUCAGAGUCAACCGUGGGUUCGGAGCAGCGUUGGCUUUUUACCACAACGCAGUAUCAAUUCUUUCCCUCCUGGUGCAUGCGGCGACGGUGAUAACCCAGUUGUUCACUAUCAGCAGAACGCACAUGACCUUGUCGUUAACAUGGCUGGAUGUAUGUUUGGUCGCGAUUGCUGGUCCGAAAUCUACUACUACCGUGAGUUGAGUAAUUGGCUAGGUCGGUCGGGUUGGGAGCGAUUUAGGGAUGCUUUGGGUGAUGCCUACGAUCGAGUGCCGGGGAAGGCUAAGCAUGAUUGA